AUGUUUUUGAAGGCGGGCAGAGGGAAAAAAAUAACAACAGUGAGUGUAGAUGGGCUGGAUUGUGUAGUUAUGGAGCCCCCUUUGAGCAAGAGGAACCCGACACUGAGAUUAGCGGAUUUGGCAGCGGCUCAGCCCCAUCCUCAUCAGAAUAUGACAGGCUUCCCGGGGCUGGGGAGCCACCACGUCCACUCCCACCCCGCCGCUCACCUCCACCCUGGGGAGAUGGGGAGUGACCCCGGCGUGGCCCUCACGCCAUUCGGACCCGAGCACAUGGCCCAAGCGAGCGUCCUCAAACUCAGCCCCUCGCAGCAUCCCGAGGCGCAGACAGCGGCCGCCUUUGCCUCGCCGGCCGCCCAGAGCGGCGCCGCCGCCGCGGUCAGCAGCUACCCGGCCGGCGCGGCUCCCCCGGCUCCCCACCCGGGCUACGCCGCCAGCAGCGCCGGCACCAGCAGCGCCAGGGACUUCAUCCUGCGGAGGGAGCUGCCCGGCGCGGCCAUGCACGGGGCGCUGGGGGAGCCGCACCCCGCGGCCAGCUCCCCCCACCCGCACCCCCACCACGGCGUGUUCAUCUCCGCCGCCGGCACCUACGGCCCGUCGGACAGUGCCGCGGCCCACGCGGUCUUCCCGGCGCUGCACGAGCAGCCGGCCCCCGGAGGCCACCACCCGCUGAACGGCCAGAUGCGCCUGGGGCUGGCGGCCGCGGAGCUGUACGGCCGGGCUGAGCCCUACGGGGCCGCCUCCUCGCUGCACGGCUACGGCUCCCUGGGCUUGAACGUCAACCUGGCGGCCGCCAGCCACGGGCACCACCCGGCCCCCCACCACCACCCGGGGGCGGCGGCGGCGGCCUUCCUCCGGUACAUGCGGCAGCCCAUCAAGCAGGAGCUCAUCUGCAAGUGGCUGGAGCAGGAGCCGCCGCCCAGCGCCGCCGGGAAGCCUUGCUCGAAAACUUUCAGCACCAUGCACGAGCUGGUGAACCAUGUCACCGUGGAGCACGUCGGCGGGCCGGAGCAGAGCAGCCACGUGUGCUACUGGGAGGAGUGUCCCCGGGAAGGGAAACCUUUCAAGGCCAAGUACAAACUGAUCAACCACAUCCGCGUGCACACCGGGGAGAAGCCCUUCCCUUGCCCCUUCCCGGGCUGCGGCAAGGUCUUCGCCCGCUCCGAGAACCUCAAGAUUCACAAGCGCACUCAUACAGGAGAGAAGCCUUUUAAAUGCGAAUUUGAUGGCUGCGACAGGAAGUUUGCCAAUAGCAGUGACAGAAAGAAACACUCUCACGUCCACACGAGUGAUAAGCCAUAUUACUGCAAAGUCAGAGGCUGUGAUAAAUCUUACACACAUCCCAGCUCUUUAAGAAAACACAUGAAGAUACACUGCAAGUCUCCACCACUUUCUCCUACACCUGGAUCUCACGGUUAUCAGUCUGCAGGAACCCCCCUAGGUGCUCCCCUGUCCCCUGCCCAGGACUCAGCCAGGGGCCGUUCUGCCAAUCUUUCCCCUCAGGUCACCAACCUCAAUGAGUGGUACGUCUGUCAGGCCAGUGGGGCUUCUAAUAACCUUCAUACACCUUCCAGCAAUGUAACAUCCUCUGAAUCUGAAGAUGAAGAGGCUUAUAGAAACUCUGAUACCAGAACUAACCAUUAGAAGAAAAACAACAACAAGUUUCUGACUUGGGAGUACUUGGACCAUUCUCCUGAACUGUAAUGACACAAAGCUUGAAAGAAAUGGAUGGCAUAGAAUUGCCAUCAUGUUGAAUCACCGCUAUUUAUUCAGUAUAUAAAACCCUAUGGUGUUUGUACACUUAACUAAUUUAAUUAAGACACUUGGACCCUUUUAUAAAAAAUAAUAAAUGAAAAUACCAAGCUGGACUAUCUCAGUGAACCAAGUUGCAUGUUUGCAGGUAUGGGGAAGAUGCCAAGGGAGCUCAAUGGACAGAUCUGUUCAUCAAGAUUAUACACUGCCAAUGCAAUAGUUCUAAAAGAGAGAGAGAGAGGAAGAGUGUUCAUUAUGUAGCCUGCAAGCUGAUAGGGCCUCUCCAUUUACUGGAGUGGCUCUUAAAUACUUUAGAUAUCAUUCUGGGGUCUUCCUAACAGCUUGAGUAGACCCCAAUUCCGCAAUGGCCUCUUAAUUGUAAACCACCACCACCUGCUGAAUUUCCAACAAAUCUUGGACUGGUUACAUAUUAAAAAAAUGUUUUUUUCCUCUUUCAGUUCAGAUCUUUUGUAAUUUUUGCUUUUUAUUCUGAGUCCUUAGGUUUCACCCAAAUCUGAUAUUUUAUACCUAGGCUUGUUUCCUUAUCCCUUAGCUGUAUACAAUGUGAAAAUGUUUUUUUAAAAAGAAAAAAAAAAGAUGCAGCAUUUCUCUUAACAUUUCUCCACAAAUUUGUAUUGUUAUGAGUCCUGAGACUAAAAUGGAGAAUAAAAGAAAACCGCUGCUAUCUGACAACUGUGAUACUGUGAUUUUUUAAAAUAUAGCACACAAAAUUCAAAAGUGAAUUCUGUUCCCUUUAGCAAAGUUUGUUUAAAAGAGAAGCUCCUGCAUCUUGCUAUGUCAGACCAUGUGUGUAGUAGAGUUUGUUGUUAGGUCAAAAGUGCUUUGGACAUCAGAGCCAUUAUUACUUAAAAAUCUUCAAGUAUGAGAAGCUGUGACACUGUUGUGAAAGCUGAUAUUUUAGACCGAUCAAUCUCCUUUUAUACCAUUGUGGAUACUCAUUUGAAAAUGCUUUAUUUUUUUCAACAUCUAAAACCACGAUUGUAUUCAUUCUCCCACAUCCCAUGCAAUCCUCAAAUGACCACGUAUAGUGGUCAGUUACAUUAAAAGAGAAAAACAAUUGUCACAAAUAUUAAAAUUUAAAAAGGUUGUAGUUAGAGCAAAAAAAAAUGAUGAGUGCAUGACCUUUGGCAUAGCUGUCAAGCUAUUAAAGAAAAAGGUCAGGGAACUAUGACGAUAACUCUGAGUCAAUUUAUUUGCGGUUGGUACGACACAUUUCCCAUGCAAAAUGUUAGUCCAUCAUAAACAUCAUACAAAUAAACUAAAGAGCACUAAUUUAUCCUCAGAGACCCUGAAUACAUAAACAGGUAGCCUCCCCUCCCACAGGGUUUGUAGAAAUUUGUUUUGUGUGCUGUGACUGGUUGAUGUAGUCUUGUCAUUGUUAAUAACUUGUAUGUGACUGCUAUUAUUUUGUACAGUUGAAUUAAUUUAUUUUCGGACAUCAUCCUUUUCUGGAAGAGUACAGAACACACCAAAGAAUUAUAUUAUUAAUUUUGGUGAUAGAUUGUUGUUUAUGAUUCCGUGAUUUGUUUAAAAAAAUCAUUAUAUUUUUCAGCUUACUUGAAUGAACAAUGUAAUGUGAAAACAAGCUCUUCCUGCAUGUCUUCUGUGCAGUGUGUUGGUGAUGAUAUAUAUAGUUUAUAGAGAUAUUAUAUUAUUAGUACAGUGCAUGGUGCUGUCAAUCUGGAAGCCUUUAAACGUUGUCUUCAUAUUGUUAUGGUGAAUUUAAAGAUACAGACAUUCCUUAAAAAACAACAAGAAAACUUGAAUAGAAAAUAAUUUUUAAAGUUUAUUUUAUUUGCUUUUUUCACUUUCAAAGCCCAUUCAAAUAAAUAGAAAAUGAUAACGUAAGGUAUGGACUUUUUAAGGGUAAUUUAUGUAAUAUCUUGUUAGAAAUAAUUUUCUUACUGAUUUAUAACGAAUUGUUUAAUUUAUACAAAUUUUCAACAAUAGAUUGCACUAUACAUUACUACAUUACAGGGGUUUUAAAAUAUGAAACUGAGGGAUAUACUACUAUUUUUAUGUACUAUGCCACACAUAAGGUCACACACCUGCCCAUAAAUUUUAUGACACAUGAUACCUCCUAAAUAAAAACGCCCGUCAUCUCUGUAAACCCGACCAUAAGAAAGCAAGAAUGAUCAUCAAGCAAAAAAAUAAAAAUAUUCUUUCUAUGGAUUGCAUGUGCUUUACUGAUAGAUGAGAGAGAGAUAGAGACCAAACACUGGAUAGAUAGAUAGAUACUUUUGUACCUCAGGUCAUAGCACACCAGUGAAGAACAAUAAUAUCAAUCGUUACGAUAUUGUUCUUGGUCAUGUGAGAUACUGUGAUUAUUUCCAACAAAAAAUAUAAGUAAAGAAUGUUUCUUUUUGUUAUUUAGAGUUGAUUUUCAGUCAACAAAUAUGUGUAUAUACUGGGAGG